UAACAUCCCAGUUUCUCAAACCCUAGGCAGCAGCAAAGAGAAGAAGUAAAACCACAUCUGAGCUUUGUGGUUGCGGCAAUGGCGGAGCACUUGGCAUCGAUAUUCGCGACGGGGAAGGUCAUGGUGAAUUGCCCGUUCUACUUCAAGAUCGGCGCGUGCAGGCACGGUGAUCGCUGCUCUUUCCUCCACACGAAGCCGAGCAUAAGCCCUACCAUUCUGCUCUCCAACAUGUACCAGCGCCCCGACAUGAUAGCCCUCGGCGUCGACGCCCACGACAACCCCAUCGACCCUCGCAAAAUCCAGGACCACUUCGAGGAGUUCUAUGAGGAUAUCUUUGCGGAGCUCUCCAAGUACGGCGAAAUCGAAAGCCUCAAUGUAUGCGACAACCUCGCCGACCACAUGGCGGGGAAUGUAUACGUUCAGUUCAGAGAGGAGGAGCAUGCUGCCAAUGCGGUCAGGAACCUCACUGGACGGUUUUAUGCCGGUAGGCCAGUUAUCGUGGAUUUCUCGCCGGUGACGAAUUUUCGAGGAGUUACUUGCAGGCAGUAUGAGGAGAAUACUUGCAACCGCCGUGGCUGCAACUUCAUGCAUUUGAAGAGGAUUAGCCGUGAUUUGAGACACCAAUUAUUUGGGAAGCACCAUAGAAGGCACAGCAGAAGCAGAAGCAAGAGUCCUUAUGGGCAUCGCAGCCAUGAUGAGCGAUCCCAUCGUAGUCAUAACAGAAAGUACGAUGACAGGGACCACCAUCAUGAGACUCGUGGUAGGAGACAAAGGAGUUCAAGUCCUAGACGGAGGAAGCACCGCAGUCCAGUCAGAGAUGGCAGUGAGGAGAGGCGGGCAAGAAUUGAGCAGUGGAACAGGGAGAAGGAAGAACAAGAUCCUGGAAACAAGACUAAAGCUGAGGACAUUGACAAUGGUAACAAGGAGUGCUCUCUAAAUGCUAGCAAGUCUCAUGGGCAUCGGCAUCGGCAUCAAGAGCAGGAACAGCAAACUCCAAAUGAGGCUUAUUGAUCUGUUUAUGUUAUUAUGGUGGUGCAGGUGCACUUCUCUAACAUGUGGUUUAGGUAUUAUGAAAUGAGCCCUUUACUUAGUUGAAGUUCACCUUAUUCAUGAACUGCCUCAAAAGAAGCGAGCCUUUACCAUCCAGACGCAACAAAUCUCCUAUAUCACAAAUCCUCGCUGACGAUACUAUGAGAAUGUGAGUUCAGAUCAGAGAGAGGAACGGAAACCUCACUCAGGUUUUACUUUGAUUGUGCGCACUUUCAGCAAAAUAUAUAUAUAUUCGAAUGUGGUGUGAGAAUUGGGGCGUAUUAUUCCCAAUGACGAAAAGUUUAGUAAUCUGAAGGGGGGCGUGGCGCUCAGCGAUCAAAAAUCAAUAUUGGGGCUCCCUAUUGCAACUUACUAUCCUUGUUGCUUCUAAGGUCGAGAAACCCAUUUGAUUCCAUGCCCUCUCCCUUGUCGAUACUUGGCAUCCCGAGGGAUUUCCAAUUUUCUCCCAAUUCCCCCAUUGUACCGUUAUGUCUUCUGAUUCUGUGCAUUCUACCCUUUUCUGAAAUGUUUGAGUUGGUUAUCUAGAACGCAUUAUGGUUGGCACCACAACUCAUAAGCGCAGUACAUUUUGCCAACAAAUUAAUUUUGAAGUUUUUUUGGUGUGCGUGAUGUUAUUCUGGUGUGUAAGGUUAUCAAUUCAUUUUAGUCCCCGAUACAGUCUUUAAAAUUGUAAAAUAAAAAUUGAUGUGAUUGAAAUGCUUAUUCUAAGUAAAAUGUUGUUUGUAGCCCAGUGAACAAGGCAGGGUUAUUAAGCAAGAUGUCCUGUGGGUAAAAUGGAAUGAUACGAUUUACAAAUGGUGGUGUUAUUGUGGAUUUAAGUAUGCACUGUACUAGUUACUGAUUUUUGUUAUUUUGUAUUUUCGAAUUUAUUUUAUUUUAAAUAUGCACGUAAUUUUUGAAGGAAUUUGUAUAUGUAAAACAAUCAGAGAUAGUGGAUCACCCCCCCCGGCAUUCAAGGGUGCAUGGUUUGUAAAUAAUACUUUGUUUCACUUAUAUUGCGGGGUAAUUACAUCAGAAUAAUAUAUGUUGAAUCCUGAAUUGUUCUUGUAAAAA